GCAGGAAAAGAGGGGAGCAAGGCGGCGUGGGGGUGGGGGGCGGUGACGGCGCGGCUGCUGACCUGCCGAGAGAGACGACGGAGCUGCUGCGUGUGCCUUUCUCUCCCCGGAACCAAGGAGCAGCCCAGGAUGAGUCUUCAGUGGACUGCCGUUGCCACCUUUCUCUACGCCGAAGUGUUUGCUGUCCUGCUGCUGUGCAUUCCCUUCAUUUCUCCCAAGAGAUGGCAGAAGAUCUUCAAAUCCCGCUUCGUGCAGUUGGUGAUAUCUUAUGGCAACACCUUCUUUGUUGUCCUCAUUGUCAUCCUGGUGCUGUUGGUCAUUGAUGCCGUGCGGGAGAUCCGGAAGUACGACAACGUGACCGAGACUGUGAACCUGCAGACCACCCCUGGGGCCAUGGAGCACUUCCACAUGAAGCUUUUCCGGGCCCAGAGGAACCUGUACAUCGCCGGCUUCUCCUUGCUGUUGUCCUUCCUGCUGAGACGCCUGGUCACCCUCAUCUCCCAGCAGGCCACCCUGCUGGCUUCCAAUGAGGCCUUCAAGAAGCAGGCAGAGGGUGCCAGUGACGCGGCCAAGAAAUACAUGGAGGAGAACGACAAGCUGAAGAAGGAGGCGGGCAUUGACGCAGACACCCUGGACCUGAAGGAUGCAGACUUUACGGAGAACAAGACCCUGAAAGCGGAGGUCACGAGGCUGAGCCAAGAGCUGGCCGCCACCAAGAAAAGCUUGGAGAAGGCGGAGAACGAAGCCCUGGCCAUGCGCAAGCAGUCCGAGGGGCUGACCAAGGAAUACGACCGGCUGCUGGAGGAGCACUCUCGGCUGCAGGCAGCGGUAGACGGCCCUAAGGACAAGAAAGAGGAGUGAAGGGGCAGGGCAGGGCCGCCCUCCCCUUUUGGCUCGACAGGCUCCCGAUGUUUUGGCUGCUUUCUUCUGGUGUGGGCCGCAAGGCUGGGGAGAGGGUCUCCCUCUCCCCAACCCCCUUCUCCCACCUCAGUAUUCCGGUCCAAGAUGUUCCCCCCACCCCGCUCCGGCUGGGAGGUCCUGACACGCUCUGCCCCUGCACCUCGCUGCCACACGCCUCUCUCUGGUUGCCCCAUCCUGCCCACCAGCUCCACGUCCCGUAAGUGGGCUCCAUGCGCCUCGUGCCCACCCGCCUGGCCUGCCUGUCUACCCUCCCGCCUGCCUUUCAGUGAGAAUUUCCAGCCUUGGGUCCAAGCUGCCGGGAUCCCUGGGGUCUGGAUAGCUGCUUCCUUCCUCCCCCUCCGCUCUCACUCGGAGGGUGAAGGAAGAGUUCCGCGUUCCCGGAGUGCUCCCCAAGAGUGAGGGGUGGGGAUUGGGCGGAGGGAGCCCCUGCUCCGAGCAGGAUGCCGGAGAGCGAAGGGGCAACUUGGGCCGGGGGUCGGAGAGCCCCUCACUGGGUGAGCCCGGCUCUGUUCUUGUGAAACGUCGGGUGGGGGUGUGAGGGUGCCCACCCCCAGUCCUGGGGCAGCACCCCCCCACCCCUCCCGCUGUAGAUACCUCAAAGCUGUGCAUCACCUGCAUCCUUGCUGCCCCGGUGGAGGCCGGGCCAGCGCCCGUGGGCCUGGCCGGGCCCCUGUCCUUGUCGCUGUCUGAGGGUCGGGGCUGGGAAGAGAGAGGCUGGUUGUGUGUAAGUGUGUGUGUCUAAUGAAGAGCUUCUCUCUAAUAAAGUUUGUUAAUCAAA